UCAAAUAUCGACUGUUCAAGUAGGUAACGUAGAAACCUAUAUGAAACUCGCUUUUAUUUGUUUAUAACAUAAUUUAACGUUAUAUUUAUUUUAUUUUUUUUUUUUGGCGAAUGAUGUUCAAUAUAUAAAGCCAUUCGAGUUAGACCUCUAAGUGAACGAGAUCGACUUCAACCUACAAGAUAUGGAAAAUCAACAAGUCAUCAUGUACUGACGGCAAAUGCAAAUCAAAUUCAUGUUAUUCCACAAAACAAGUAUUUCACUUAUGAUCAUGUGUUUGGUCCUGAUGCACAACAAAAUGACAUCUUUCUUCACCUUGGUCAGAAACCUGUCGAAAAAUUUGUUGAAGGUUAUAAUGUAACAAUGCUUGCUUAUGGACAAACAUCUUCGGGAAAGACUUACACAAUGGGUACAGCACAACAUACAGAGGCAACGAAUCCAGAAGAAGUGGGUAUUGUUCCUAGAGCUAUGGCUCUUUUAUUUGAUAUGCUACAACAACAAAAUGAACACUUAAAUAAUAACUGUGGACGUUCAAGUAGUGCAGCAGCUACUCAUCAUAGCCUUAUCCGUCCUCCUUCUUCUUCUCAUCAUCUUCUUCAAAAAUCAGUCGCUUAUCGAUAUUCUAUUAAAGUUUCUUUUGUUGAAAUUUACAAUGAAGAAUUAAUUGAUUUAUUGAAUUUUGCACCACCUUCCGAACGCCCGCCAGUAACAAUUCGUGAAGAUACCAAGGGAUAUAUUUAUUGGACCGGUGUAAAAGAAAUGACAGUGAAUAAUACUGAUGAUGUUUUACACUUUCUUCAACAAGGUACAAAGAAUCGUGCUACAGGAUCAACAGAUAUGAAUGAGAAAUCUUCACGAUCUCAUGCCAUAUUUUCAGUUACACUUAAACAAGAGAAAUGGCAACCUUCCAACACCAAUCGUACAGCAAGUCCAUCUCCAAAAAUUCAAUCUAAAUUAUCACAAAAUCGUCUCUCAAAUAAGUCCAAUUCUAAUCCUUCACAACAAGAAGAUAAUAAUGGCGAAUGGAUUACAACCACUUCCAAGUUUCAUUUUGUAGAUUUAGCUGGUAGUGAACGUUUGAAACGAACUGCAGCAGAAGGUGAUCGUCGUCGAGAGGGUAUUAAUAUUAAUGCAGGUUUGCUAGCUUUAGGUAACGUUAUUUCAGCUCUUGGUGAUCCCUCCAAAAGGACAACACAUGUACCUUAUCGUGAUUCUAAGCUCACACGUCUUCUUCAAGAUUCCUUGGGAGGUAGUGCUCUAACGCUCAUGAUAGCUUGUGUCAGUCCUACAGAAUCUAAUCUGUCAGAGACCUUGAACACGCUUCAAUAUGCAAAUCGAGCUCGUAAUAUUAAAAACAAGAUCUCCAAAAAUGAGCAAGAAGAAUGGAUGACAACAGACAAUAUUGAUUUUUUACGAAGCAUGAUUGCCAACCUGAAACACCAGCUUCGUCAACAACAAAAAUCAACCAUGAUUAAAUCCUCAAUGAAUAGUAAUAGUAAUAGUAAUAGUGAUGAUGAUGAUGAUGAUGACUUUUCGUCUAUCACCUCUACUACUAGUUCACAUGAAAUGGUCAUUGCUGAUCUUCAACAACAAGUUUUGGAUUUACAGGGAGCUGCUGAUUUUGCCAAGGAACUGAAUACGGCUGCUGAGCAAGAACUAGAUCAACUUCGACACCAUCAGCAACAGACAGUUGAUUUUCAACAUCUGGUAGAGCCUGUUAUUGAAGAAUAUGAAAAGAGUAUGUCUAGUUUGGAAUCUCAGUUGGCACUCGUAAGAGCUGCCCUUCAGCAUGCUGAUCAAGGUCUUCAAGACCAGCAGAUGCAAAUUCAAGAUCAACAGACUCAAUUACAACUCUUUGAAACGAUCAUCAAGACACAAGAGGACACUAUCCUAGAGCUACGCAAGCGUGUUCAACAAUUGUUGGAAGAAGGUGUCAAAGACGAGGUCUAUAUUGGUGAAUUGGAAAAGAAAUUGAUGGAUGCAGUAGAGGAGACAGCUCAUGAUCGUGAAAUGUUGGAUAAAUUGAGAGCCAAGAUCUUGAGUUUAAAGGAGGUAGAUGAGACGACUGAAAAGUACAUACAUGAAUUAGAAAAGAGGAUGGCAGAGUCUGAAAAGGAAUAUAAUGCCUUAAAGGAGGAAUGGCAUGAAAAAUAUGAGGCCUCUGAAAGGGAGCGAAUUGAAUUAAGUAAGAAACUGGCUGAAAGGGAAUCAAUAGAAGAGAAGGAAUUACGUGAGAGAUAUGAGAGAGAACCAGUUUCGUUGAUCGAAAAGGAAAUUAAUUGGCGUGAACGUUACGAAAGUUGUGAAAAGGAAAGACAAGAAUUGCAAGCUAUGUUAGAUGAGCAACCAAAGACAACGAUUGAAGUCGAUACGGAAUCAAAAGAAAGAAAGAUAACAACACAUUUAAUUCUAUACGAAUUGGAUGCAUUAAAACGCAAAUAUGAACAGCUUAAAACUGAAUUGAAAUUACAAAAAUUGAUUCAUAAUAAUAAUAAUACUGAUACGCAAGUUGAUGAAAAUGAUUUAAUCGCUUCCUUAAAUAAGGACACGACUGAUGUUAUGAUGGAAAAGAUUCGAAAAAAGUAUGAUCUACAUCUCUUGGAUUACAAAAGUGAAUUAAAGGACUUAUUAGCAGUAUUAAAAGAAGUAAAGAAACUGAAGGCUGACGAAACAUCGAACAAGUCUUCUUCACCUGAACACAAAAUACUGUUGAAAACUAUUGCUACCAUUGAUCGACAAUUAACAGAGGAGCAUGAGAAAGUAAAAUUAGAACUAAAGCGAUUUUCAAAUGAUUUUACAGAGAUGCUAGCCAUACAUCAAGAACUAAAUGAUUUAAUUAAAAAGAAGGCUUAUAAGGAUCAAGAGAGUAGUAGUAGUAGUAGUAGUAGUAGUAGUAGUAGUAGUACUAAACCAAAUAUAUCGGACGGUAUUAUUCUACAGUACGAAAAGACCUGUCGUGCUCUUCAAACUCGUUUAGUAAUUGCUAUGGAAGAUUUAUGGGCUCAUAGAACAAUUAGAAAUGCAUUAAAAUAUAAGUUUGAGACUGCUCAGAUUGCCCUUACCACCUAUCAUCGACAAGUAACAUUAGAUGAGAAAAAGGAAGAUGAUUCAACUGUUUGCUUAUUAGAGGUGACAGAUAGGGAAAUAGAAGAAUUAAUGAUGAAAAUGGAUGCAAUGAAGCUUCAAUUAGAGACUAAUGAAUGGCAAAAAGAAUAGUGAUAACGAAGAGUCUAUCUUUCUUAUUAUUGCCAAAUAUGCAAUCUUAUUUUGUAUACAUAUACGAAUAUAUUAGCUAUAUUCAUUACUAUUUUUUUUUUAAAAAAAGAAAAAAAAUAUGUAUAUACCCUUUCUGUCUUUAUCUUCUAUAUAGAUCCAUGUAAAUAUAUAUGAUGUAGUCGUUUAAAGAAAAUAAAUAUAAUGAGGAUAAACUUAAUUAUUGAGACAGUAAAUUACUGUAAAAGACUAUCAUGUAUUUAUAGGCUCUAUAUUAGAACCAGUAUAGUAGAAUAUAUGUAUAAGGUAAAAUGGUUAUCAUAAUCAGCAUAUUGUAUAUAAUGAAUAUCUG